AUGGCCAAGAAGAAUACUUCCGUAGCACUAGCUCCAUCCAUUGCUCUGAUCCAUCUUGCUAUGCUGCUCUUUCUUGUUUGUUGCACAGAUUCCUCGUCAGUCGCCGACUUUUUGUUCAACAGUUUUGAACAAGCGUCCAACUUGAGCCUUGAUGGCUCGGCGCUUGUUCUCAGAAGUGGAGCCCUCCAACUCACUGACGGCAACAACAACGUCAUGGGGCAUGCGUUCCUGGACACCCCGGUGCGUAUGGUCGGGAUCAACAAGAUGGCCGUGUCCUUCAGUACAUGUUUCGUUUUCGACAUUGUUGCCACGGGUACCGGUGGCGGCUAUGGCCUGGCUUUCGUGGUAGCGCCGUCCAAGGUGCUACCUGGUGCAUCCCGCGAGGACUACCUUGGCAUUCUUGGGCCUAGCACCAACGGCAGAUCAUCUAACCAUGUGUUCGCCAUUGAGUUCGACACGGUGCUGUCGGUUCAGGGAUUCAACGACACGAAUUACAACCAUGUUGGCGUCGACAUAAACAGCCUUGUGUCCAAUGUAUCCGAGCCAGCUGCAUACUACACUGACGACGACAAGAAGAAAGUAGCGGUAAAGCUUGAGAGUGCACAGCCAAUUCAGGCAUGGGUAGACUAUGACGGCGGAGCCCAUGUCCUUAAUGUCACCAUUGCUCCAGCUGCGCUAUCGACGCACAAGCCUCACCGGCCUCUCAUAUCAGCAAGGCUCGAUCUGUCAACGGUUUUCAGGGAAAGCAUGUAUAUUGGUUUCUCGUCAGCAACCGGAAAGCUGGCAAGUUCGCAUUACAUCUUAGCCUGGAGUUUCCGGAGCGAAGGAGCGGCGCAGGACAUUGAUCUCUCCCGUCUCCCAGAUGUCCCAAAACCACGGCCACCUGCUCGUGGUCGGUCGACACCAAGGUCAGCCAUCAUCAGGAUUGCUGCUCCUGCCUGUGCAGGAACACUCUUUUCUAUGGCCAUGGUGAUGGUUGGCGUGUUGUGGCUGCGACGAAAGGCGGCUUUAGCGGAGACACUGGAAGACUGGGAAGUGAACCACCCCCAUAGGUUCCCGUACAAGGAUUUGCACAGAGCCACGAAGGGAUUCAGCGACAGUCAGCUCAUUGGCCAGGGCGGUUUCGGGCAGGUGUACAAGGGCGUGCUCCACGGCGCCAGCGACGUGGUGGCCAUCAAGCGCAUAUCCAGCAAUGCGGGGCAAGGCAUGCGAGAGUUCGUGGCCGAGAUUGCGAGCCUCGGGCGCGUGCGUCAUCGGAACCUCGUCGAGCUGCGGGGAUGGUGCAAGCGUGGCCAAGACCUGCUCCUCGUCUACGAGUUCAUGCCAAACGGUAGCCUCGACGCGAUCCUGUUCGGCAAGGGGACAAGGGAAAGGGAAGAAGAAGAAGAAGAAGCACCGACGACGACGACGACGCUGACGUGGGCGCAGCGUCUCCAUAUCCUCAAAGGUGUGGCCUUUGGGCUAGUCUAUUUGCACGAGGAGUGGGAGCAUGUGGUGGUGCACCGUGAUGUGAAGGCCAGCAACGUGCUGCUCGGGGCGGACAUGGGUGCUCGGCUUGGCGACUUCGGCCUCGCACGCCUCUACGAGCACGGCGCCGACCCGGUCACCACGCAUGUGGUCGGCACCAUCGGCUACAUGGCGCCGGAGAUGGCCGUCACCAGCCGCCCCACCACGGCCACGGAUGUCUUCGCGUUCGGUGCGCUUCUCCUCGAAGUCACAUGCGGCCGUCGACCUACUAGCGCCGGCGGCGGUGGCGGCACACACAACUUGGUGAGUUGGGUUCGUCACUGUGGUUUCCACGGGCAGUUUCUCCGAGCUGUGGACCCAAGGCUACACGGUUCAUACGACGAGGAAGAGGUGACGUUGGUGCUGUGGUUGGGUCUCAUGUGCAGCCACUCUAUCCCAGAGGCCCGGCCCAGCAUGCGACAGGUUUGCAAUUAUUUGAAUGGCGAUGAGACCUUGCAGCCGGAUGACUCCCUGCUGUUAUCCAGCACAGAUCAUUCGGCUCAAUUAUUUGGACCACCAAUCUCCAUGACAUGGACAUCUUGUGGGUCCAUGUCAGCUGACUCACUGCCAAGUGGCCGGUAAAUUAAUUUAAGGCUUAAACAUUCUAUGUCUCAUGUAUUUCAUUAUGUAGUAAUCAUGCACGUUUUGAAUUAUACUCUAUAUUGGUUAAAAAACCGUUUAACUUAGUCGUGUCUAAAAAUAU